CCUGCGUGGGGCCCGGCGCCUCCUCAGACUGAUCCAUCUUCCGGGUCUGCGUCGUUCAUGCCCAUGGACACCGCGAUGGGCGUCAACAUGCCCGCGGGGCGCGUCACCCGCUCGAUGGCUGCUGCCUCGGAGGCCGUGGACAUGCGCUACGCGCAGAUGGGCAUGUCCAUCGCGCAGGGAUCGCGGUCCAACUCGAGCGGCAGCAGUAUGGGUCCUGAGCGGCGCGGUGCUGAGGUGGGCGCUAUGCAGCAGUUUGAACGCACUCCUGGGCAGGGCGUCAGGCGCAGCAGCGACUCCUCCUCCGGCUCGUCCCAGGAGUGAGUGUAGAGGGCACCAUGCAGCCCAUUAUGCGCAUGCCGGGGCAGCUAACCUCUAGCAUCAUGCGAUGUUCAUGCCUAAACGUCUCCUGACCCUACUCACCAAAGCCUCAAACAAUGCAAAACUCAAUGUAACGAACUCUCACGACACAUCUCACUUGCUCUAUAUCUUGCUUUCGAUUGCUCACUGCUCUCCGCCUCGUGUCUAUCUAUAACUCACCUCUGUCUCCACGCUUUCUCGCUGAUUCUUCCGCUUUCCUGAUGUAUAUAGAUUCUCUUGUAAGAUGCCCUGCUCAGCCAUUUCUCCCGUCGAUGAUAUAUCCUGCUGAUAUCUUUGCGUUUGUUUUCUUGCUUUGCUGUGUGUACGCUAUCCAUACUUGAUUGUGACAUGAUAAUCUGCUGUAUCGAGUUCGGUAGCUGUGCUUCGUCGGUCUCGUGUUCACCGCUCCCGUUAUUUCUAGCUCUGCCCGCUGUACAAUGCUUAAUAUAUUGGUUUCUCUCAUUC